AUGGGCCUGGCGGGCUUGGUCUUGGGGCUGCCCAAGGCUUGCGCCGCCAAGCCGGACGCCUCGGCGUCGCGGCUGCGGAGAGUGCAGGUGCCUCUCACAAAGGAAAAGCCGCCAAAGAAGUCCCCAGCGCGGCAGCGCGUGUGGACUGCACGGAAGGGCUUGCAGGCCAUCGACCAAGUCUUCGUGGAGCUGCUCGAAGAGGACCGGGGUGCCGCCCUGCGCCGGGAACUGCAGAAAGUCAUCGUAGCCCUAGGGCCAAUGGAGCAGCUGGCGCAGGAGUUGGUGGAUGAGCCAGGCGAUGUGAACGACCCCGAUGCCGUGGUGGCAAAGACGGACGCCUUGGGCCGGCAGCUGAGGCUUUCCGUGGCCUGGAGCAACGAGGCAGACGACUGUUGGAACUGGUCCUGCAACGUUCAGGAACUGGACGAGGCGCGCAAUUGCUUUUUGGAUGCGGUGGACAUUCUGCUGGACUUGGAAGACUUCUGA